ACGCCUGUUGCUCUCUGUGUUGCCGAGGCAUGUUGCCAUGGAGAUGAAGGCGGACAUCAAUGCCAAGAAGGAAGACAUGAUGUUCCAUAAGAUCUAUAUCCAGAAACAUGACAACGUCAGCAUUCUGUUUGCGGACAUCGAGGGCUUCACCAGUCUGGCGUCCCAGUGCACCGCCCAGGAGCUGGUCAUGACCCUCAACGAGCUCUUUGCCCGCUUCGACAAGCUGGCGUCGGAAAACCACUGCCUGCGUAUCAAGAUUCUGGGGGACUGUUAUUACUGUGUGUCCGGCCUGCCAGAGCCCCGAGCCGACCACGCCCACUGCUGUGUGGAAAUGGGCGUUGACAUGAUAGAGGCUAUCUCGCUGGUGCGAGAGGUCACGGGGGUCAACGUCAACAUGCGCGUGGGCAUCCACAGUGGGCGGGUGCACUGCGGCGUGCUGGGACUCAGGAAGUGGCAGUUUGACGUCUGGUCCAAUGAUGUCACGCUGGCCAACCACAUGGAGGCCGGGGGCAAGGCAGGUCGCAUCCACAUCACCAAAGCCACGCUGCAGUAUUUGAACGGCGACUAUGAGGUGGAGCCGGGCUUCGGCGGGGAGAGGAACGCCUACCUGAAGGACAACAGCAUCGAGACCUUCCUGGUGCUGGGCUGCAGUCAGAAGCGGAAAGAGGAGAAGGCGAUGAUGGCGAAGAUGCAGCGAACCAGGACCAACUCCAACGAAGGCCUGAUGCCUCGCUGGGUCCCCGACAGAACCUUCACCAGGACCAAGGACUCCAAGGUCUUCAGGCAGAUGGGGAUCGAUGAGAGCUCCAGCAAAGACAACCGCUGCGUGCAGGAGGCGAUGAACCCGGAGGACGAGGUGGACGAGUUCCUGGGCCGGGCCAUCGACGCCCGCAGCAUCGACCAGCUGAGGAAGGACCACGUGAAGAAGUUCCUCCUCACAUUCCAGACGUCCAGCCUGGAGAAGAAGUACUCCAAGAAGGUGGACGAUCGCUUCGGGGGCUACGUCGCCUGCACCGUGCUCGUGUUCUGCUUCAUAACCUUCAUACAGAUUGUCAUCUUUCCCCACACCCCGGUCAUGCUGGGAAUCUACAUCACUAUCUUCAUCAUCCUCGCCAACAUCCUCUUCAUCUGUGCCAUAUACUCUUGCAUUAAGCUCUUUCCGGCUGCGAUGCAAACGGUCUCAAAGAAGAUAGUGCAGUCUCGCACCAACAGCACUCUGGUCGGGGUGUUCACCAUCAUCCUCGUCUUCAUCUCGGCCUUCGUCAAUAUGUUCGCCUGCGACACCACGGGGCUGGCGGAGUGUGUCGCCGAGAAGUUGAACACUUCUGCUGCCAUGGUGACACCGUGUCUGAUUCGAAGUCUGAACGUGUCCCUGGAGGGCGGGCUGGAGGUCUGCCCCAGCAGAGGCCCCUCCUGUCCCUUUCCUGAGUAUUUCAGCUACAGUGUUCUGCUCACCCUGCUGGCCUGCUCAGUCUUCCUGCAGAUCAGCAGCAUCGGCAAGCUGGCCCUGAUGCUGCUGAUCCAGUUCACCUUCCUGCUGCUGGUGGAGUGGCCACAGAGGGCGCUGUACGACAACGCAGACCUCUUCGUCACCUCUAACGCCCUUGAUUUCAACGCAACAACUUCAUCAUGGUCCAGUUAUAAUGAAACCUCGGACCAGUGCCCGUUCAUUGUGACCAAAGUGUCCCUGAGGGUCAUGACGCCGGUGAUCCUCACGGUGUUUGUCCUGGCGCUGUACCUGCACGCCCAGCAGGUGGAGUCCACCGCUCGCCUCGACUUCCUCUGGAAGCUACAGGCCACGGAGGAGAAGGAGGAGAUGGAGGAGCUGCAGGCCUACAACCGCCGCCUCCUCCACAACAUUCUGCCCAAGGACGUGGCCGCCCACUUCCUGGCGCGCGAGCGGCGCAACGACGAGCUGUACUACCAGUCGUGCGAGUGCGUGGCCGUCAUGUUCGCCUCCAUCAGCAACUUCUCCGAGUUCUACGUGGAGCUGGAGGCCAACAACGAGGGAGUGGAGUGCCUCCGCCUGCUCAACGAGAUCAUCGCCGACUUUGACGAGAUCAUCAGUGAGGAGAGGUUCAGGCAGCUGGAGAAGAUCAAGACCAUCGGCUCCACCUACAUGGCCGCCUCGGGCCUCAACGCCUCCACCUACGACAGGGAGGGCCGCUCCCACAUCCUGGCCCUGGCCGACUACUCCAUGCGGCUGAGGGAGCAGAUGAAGUACAUCAACGAGCAUUCCUUCAACAACUUCCAGAUGAAGAUCGGUCUUAACAUUGGACCAGUAGUGGCAGGAGUUAUCGGAGCACGAAAGCCACAGUACGACAUUUGGGGAAACACAGUGAAUGUGGCCAGUCGAAUGGACAGCACAGGGGUUCCUGAUUGCAUACAGGUGACGGCGGAUCUCCACCAGGUGCUGGCAGAUAGAGGCUAUGUGCUGGAGCAUCGCGGUGUGGUGAAGGUCAAAGGGAAAGGGGAGAUGACCACCUACUUCUUGAAGGACGGCCCUCCUAACAGUUAGCAGCCGCGGCGGCAGUGCUCGGGGAAUGUUUUUCAUUUCCGCUGCGAGUUGCACGGGACGCCCGGGAGAGGACUCGCUGAGGGGGCUGAUGGCUAAUAACUAGCGCUGCCAUCACUUGAAUUCAAUGCAAAGAUUUGAAAAGACUUUGAGCUUUUAGGACUUUGGAAAACACACAGUUCUCAAGGAGACGAAUCUGUUGGUCGUUCGUAAGCCAUUUUGGCCCACAUAAGUAUAGAAGGACUAAUGUUAUUUUUUUCAUGUCUAGCCUCUCACUCAGGCUUCUUGAAAGAUGCAAAGUCUGUUUAUUUAAAUCUACGCCUUUUAGCCUGUGUCAAAGAAAACAAACGCUGUACAUAAGGCUACAAUUUAUUUUACUUUGUUUCGUGCGUGUUUUUGGGGUCGUUUUCUUUUCAAGACUUAUGAACAGGUACUCAAGGUUUAUUUUCAGAUAACUUAUUUAUUUCAGUCUUCACGUCUUGUGCAGAAGAACCGGAAUAUAAAAACAUGGAUACGUACCUGCACAAAUAUCCAUUCUAUUACACGUUUAUAAGUGUAUGCACAUGCAUAUUUGUGUGUGUAUGAAUAUAUGAAUUCAUUGAGAUAGAACAUAUUGACCAAAGACUAAAGUAAUUACUAGGAAAGACAUCUCUGUUUUGUUUCUGCAAAAAUCAACAGUGAUUUCCAACUAUGUUGCUAGGCAGUCUACAUAACCUCAGUAAUUUCCCCCCAAAUGCAGCCAAUGACUGCUUAUUUAUUUUCACAAAUAUAUAAAAUGCUUUAUUUAUCAUUUCUCAUUAAGUUAGCUAAGAGAGAAUUGGGUGCCAUCUUCUAUUGCUAGAGGAUGAUGCUGCCCCCAACUUAUAGACAUGUGAGGAAGAGAAGCGAAUUUGAGCUUUGAUCGCAACCAUCUAAGAAUCAGAAGUAGGUCUGCCUAGGAUUACGCUCUCCCUGAUCCUCAUCCCAGGUCAGACUGGUUCCUUAACGUUUGAGCAGCCAGUAGACAGGUGGUGUUCAGCCAUAAGAGUGCAAUGUCAAUAAAUGUCCCGUUUUACAAUUAUUUAGCUUUUUGGAGCAGAUUGAAGGAAUUUAAAAAAGGACAUGGAUCACCAGAUUGUUCCACAGCCAUCAGGGGAAAAAGGUUUCAGUGGUAUCAUCUUGGAUUUUCUAUGAAAAAAGAGGAUGUUGUUUAAAGACAAGGAAACAUACGACAUGUACAUUAUGACUGAAUACUGUGCUUGGAAGGGGCAUAACUAUUUUCACUGUGAGGUUUUUAUGAUACAACUAAACUGCUCUCUUGCCAAACUGAACUGCUCUGAAGCAUGUCUGAUUGUGGGUUCUUGUUUUCCUUUUUGUUUUAAUGUUGGGUAUCUUCUAUCACCUCUGUAUCCAUCAUUUCUAUAUUCUUAAUGUUAUUAUUAUAAUGAUUCCAAAUUAUAAUAACUAUUAUUAUUAUUAUGAUUAUGCUUAUUAGGAUUCCAUUCCAGUGAACGAGGAUCUAAGACCAGCAGGCUUUCUUGUGUGGACAAGCGUCGAUCAUAAAGAGUGUAUGCUUACUGGUACCAAGUGAUCAACUGUUCCCUUUGGAUUCUGCUGGCUCCUAACGAACAGCGCAGUAUUUCAACAGACCACGCAGAUAUGAGGGUGCCGCGGAAGAAACACGAGCAUUAUAUGCUCACCCGACGACACAGCAGUCAACACAGAUGCAUGUGAUUCACUGUACCUUUUUAUUUUCAUUUCUAACACUUUUUGCAGUAUUGUAUUCUCCGUCAGGCGUAAAGUUGACCUCUCCCUCCCAUGCCUUAAACCUUGUAUAAUUAAUUAGCGUUUCCAAAUGGCAGUACAUGACCACACAUGCAGUAUUUAUGUAGAGAGAGGCAGACAUGUCGAAAUAACAUAUAUAACAUAGAUAUAACUCAUUUAUGUUUGUCCCCAAAUUUGUCUUUCAGGGAAACUGGAAAAAAAUCACAAAACAUAUUGCUAAGUUGUAUUGCCUUAAUAUCAAAACCAAUUGUAGGAGAACACUGAACAGCAACUGUGCCUGCAUAGCCUAUAUGUACUGCUGGUAUAUGGAGAGAACAAGUUUGUCCAAAUAAUCUUUCAGUAAAUAUUCUCAUGAGAAUAAUAAUAAUAAUAAUGUAGUCGUAUUGGUUGGAGGCAUUUUAAAAUAAUAAUAAAAAACAUUAUCGGGUCAUUCUUACUUUUCGAGAAGUCACCCAGAAAUUGCUCUUCCACCUGUUUUAAACUGGUAACCAACAGUUGAUCAUGUUUGGACCAAAGCCAGCUCAUGCAGCCCUGUACUGUAAGGCCCUUCUGUGCAAUGAUAGUCGGCCUUUUGGACACGUUGAGGGGAUACCGGGAGACAUUUGGAGUAUGGUGGUAACAAAACACCAAGUGUGCUGUGACCAACGAACAGAGAUUUAUAUGGGGCAAACAGAUUUAUAAAGCAGACUUGGGUUUCUUGAAAUGUGCAUUGUAUGUAUUCUAUUUCUAUUGGCUGUUCAUAGACUUGUGUUGAUUGUUAACUCUUGGGAUGUCUUGGGGAGGAAGGUAGGGGACGGUGGCUGAAGGUCCAUUCUACUGAAAACAGUGUUUUUGCUCAGGCCUAAUAAAUCCUUCCGUAUUUGUUUUUUGUUUUCUUUGUAUUUUGCUGAGUUGAAGGUGUUUAAACGGGGAGGACACAGAGAGAGUUGAGGACUAUAUGACAAAGAGAAAAUAAAAUCCCCUUGAAGAGAAAAUUAAUAAAAAAGAAUUCAAUGGCA